AUGGGUCCCGUCGAUAUAAUAUUGCAGGUCACAUUCCCAAAUGAAUCUACUAAAUUUGCAAUCGCUUUUCGUAACUUUGUAGAAGAGUAUAUAGGUGCAACAGAAGACAAUAGGUUAGAAGUGUUGACAGGUGCAACAGAAAACAAUAGGUUAGAAGCGUUGACAGGUGCAACAGAAGACAAUAGGUUAGAAGUGUUGACAGGUGCAACAGAAGACAAUAGGUUAGAAGCGUUGACAGGUGUAUCAGAAGACAAUAGGUUAGAAGCAUUGACAGGUGCAACAGAAGACAAUAGGUUAGAAGCCUUGACAGGUGCAACAGAAGACAAUAGGUUAGAAGCGUUGACAGGUGUAUCAGAAGAUGCUACUCUAGAAGAGCAGAUGGGUACAACAGGAGAAAGAUAG